AUAGCAUUCCCCACUUAAAACACUACUUUUAUGAAUUUUCGUUACACUUGUAGCUUCAGUAUUGGUUAACGAAAUAUAAAAUUUUGUUAUAUUAAAAUUGUUUGAUUAUUAAACUUUUAAAAACCCCAAAAACUCUUUUGCCACGUUGCAUAUGGUUACAAAGAAGUACUAAGCAUUUAUAUUAGUCUGCCUGUUCCACAUCAAUCGUGAAGCAAUCAAAAACAAUCAAAAAAUUAAUAACAACCAAAUUGGAUAAUUCUUAUCUUGAAAAACUAAUACCAUUUAUCAACUAUGAUUAGAAGUACAAUCAUCUUCUUAUUAAUUUCAUGGGUCCAGGGAGAAAAUCUUGAACUAAAUGAUGUGAAACUAAUUGAACUAGUAAAAUCCUUUAAUGAAGCAGAGAAUUAUAUGACCAGAGAAGCUUCAGGUGAAGAUGCAGCGAUUGUCCUAGGCAUGGUACACACAGGGAAAAGUUCAUUAAUUAAUUACUUAAUUGGCAAUAAAUUAAGGGGUGUGAAAUAUUCGCAGUAUGGUGAAUUUAAAAUAAUAAAAGAUGACAAUCGAUCCAAAGGACCGGAAAUUGGUUUUGGAUUAACGCCAGAAACUACAAUUCCUACAAAAUGGAUAUCAGAUAAAUUGCCUGGUUUGAGCAUUUUUGAUUUUCCUGGAUAUAGUGACUUUAGAGAAUCAUUACAAGAAAUCACUAAUUCUUUUUAUCUCUAUCAUUUGGCAAAAAAAGUAAAAUCUUUAAAAUUUAUUUUAGUUAUUAAUUUUCUUGACAUUGAUAGGGAUACUGUGAAUCCACUGCUAAAAUCAUUGCAGUAUUCUGAGAAAUUAUUUGGAAAUAAGUUCGAAAUGUUUUUUCCAAGUAUUUCAGUGAUUUUCUCAAAAGUACCCCGACAACAGUAUAACAUUGCAGUUGACAUGGAAAUGAUUAAACAUUUAUUGAAUGAAAAAGUAGACGUUACAACAGGAGAAUACAAUAAUAUAAAAAAUUUUCUUAAUUAUAUCAUAAAAAAUAAUGAUCGUAUUGGAUUAUUCCGAAAGUCUGUAAAUAAUAAAACUAUUACAUCCGAUAUUGACUUUAAUAUUUUUGCGGCCAUUAGGAACUCCAGAAGCGUACAGAGAAAUGAUCUCCAGUAUGUGCUUCCAAGUAUUUCAGAUCGUUCUAUGGUUUGCCUGCUCAAAAUUCAACACAACUUAGAAAUGGAAAUAAGGAUAAUAGCGCAAUCAUUAUAUGAAAUAUUCAAAAAAAUGAGGACUGAAUGGACAGAAUUAGUAAAAAAUCGAGAUGAUGAAGCAAUUCCAAAGAUUCAAACAAACUUAAACUAUAUUGAAGAUCUACUACGCAAUUCUAUUACAAAAGAAACUACUAUUUACGAAAAUAGUAAAACUAUUGAAAAAAUUGAUAUUAAAUUGAAGAAAAAGAUUGAUAAAAGUAAUUUGUUAACAAAGGUUGAAAUGUUUACGCUUUUUUCCGAUAUCUUAAAGUUGAAUGACAAUGAAAAAUUGCAUGAAAUUUAUGGAAAUUUAAUAAAAAUUUUACUAAAUGAAGUUAGGAUUGCAAGGAAUGAAUUUUUAACUCUUACAGCAACAGAGUUUCCAGAACUUACUACUGACAUUACAGAAAAACCUACUGAGGGCACAAAACAAUUUACUGAUAUUACAGAAGAUUCGGAGAACAUUACAGAAAAUUUAACGGAGGACACAGAACAAUCUACGGAUGUUAUAGAAGGUUUUGAGGACAUUACAGAAAAUCUUACGGAGAACACAAAACAAUCUACGGUUGUUAUAGAAAAUCCUUCGGACAUUACAGAAGAUUCUACUGACAUUGUAAAAAAUUCUACAGACAUUACAGAAUAUCUUGCAAAUAAUCCGUAACAUCCGUGCUACUCCUUAACAUUAUUUUAUUAACAUGUUUUUACGCAUCCAAACAUGACGCAAUUAUUAUCCUCUGAACACUAAAACGUCUUUGUUCUGGAAACGUUUCUUAAAAGUUUUUAGAUCGUUACAUGUUCGCUACAUAAUGUCUUAAGAACGUCCGUUAUUCUAAAAACGUUUUUUGAACAUAAAACGUUCUUAAGAUGUUAUGUGGAGAACAUGAAAGGUUCUAAAAACGUUUUAGGAACGUUUUUAGAACAAAGACGUUGCCGUGCCCACAGGGUAUGUUUCCAAUCAUUAUUAUUAUUUUUAAUUAUAACUUUUUAAUUCUGAUUAAGGUCCACCUCCACAACUGUUUUAACCAGAGUUUUAGUCGUUAAACUGGAUCUAACUACAUUACUAGGUAUAAACCAAGUUCACCAAAUUAAACUCCCGUUAAAAGAAGUUGUCGAACCGGACCUUAGUCUUUAAAUUUUCCAAUACAAUCUCACUUACAAUGGUUUUACGAAUUAUUAAAAAAAAUAAGCAUUGUUUGAAAAUACAAUUUUUAAUUUUACUUUAAAGUUUUUGUAUAUUACAUGAAGAUAAACAAAGAUUUAAAAUUAUUUAGAAAGUUUUUUAAUGUUUUAUUUUAACGUUUUCUUAUUUAUUUCCUCAGAAAUAUGUCAACAUAGAUAAACGUAAAAAUCACAUGUUAUACAAACUUUAAAAAAAAUGUGUAUUAGAAAUAGAAAUUAGUAAUAAAAAUGUUUGCCUUUAAAAUUA